UGCAGUUAAUCACCUAAUGGCCGCUGUCGCUUUGGGUGCAUCAUGUGCGUUCCAAAGAGUCUGUGAAGACUUAUCCAAAAACAAAACCAAACAAAUCUUCCAUCAAUGUGCACUAUAUUGAGCAAUGCUCUAUCAAAAUUUACAAUUUCUUUCCUGAAAGAGUUAAAGACCAGUCAACAGUGUCAAUAAGACAUCUUAGUCCUCGGUAAAGUUGAGCUGCACAGGGGUAAAUCUGGACAAAAUUUAACAUUCUUAUCUGCAUCCGUCCUUGUCAUGUCAGCAUGUCUUCUCUUGUAAGGGUGAAACAUUAUUGGGGUAAAAUAGUAAAAUUCGUUGUUAUUAACGGACAGGCCCUCACUGUGGUUCAGGCUCAGCCUUGCUGCACCUGCUUUAUGGCGUUCUUUUCCUACUGCACAUGACCGCUUACCUUUUAUAGCAAGUUUUUCACCCUCUAUUCUCGCACCUGCUAUUGUUGCUUGCUGCUCCUUCCUUCAUCAUCAACUUCACCUUCUUCUUCCCUUCCUUUCAGAUUUCUUCCUUCUAGUUCCAUAGAUCAUGGAUAUAGUUGUUCAUCAGUAUCAGUGUGAGAUAAGGAAAAAAUGUGAAGAAAUUGAUUUCUGGAAGGAGAAAUCCUUUGUGUUACAGAGUCAAUGUAUGUCUCAGAAUGAUGAGUUGAAUGCUUAUAAAGUUAAGUAUGACGCGUUAGAUGCCCAAUUUCAGGACAAGAAUUUGGGUUCUGACAUUGUUGAGGGUAAGUUGAAGGACUUAACAAAUGAGGUUUCUGAAACUGAGAUUGAUAAGCUUAAGUACCAGAUAGUAUGUGGUAAAUUGAAUGAGCAUAUUGAGGAGUUGAAGACAAGGUGUGAGGAAUUGAACAAACAGGUGGAAUUGAAUCUGAAGCAGGAAGCUGAUUUGGAGAGAGAGUUGAAAGAUUGUAAAGCUCAGGGUUAUGAGACACAUGUUGAGCUCAACAAGUACAAGAAGAAGUGUGAUGAUUCGAAAAGACAGGUUGAGAAGUACAAGAGAAGGUGUAAGGAUUUGAAGAUACAAGUCGAUGAAAGGCGGAAGAGUCAACAUGGUUUGGAGAAACUAUUGGACAUUUAUAAAGCUAAGUAUGAUGAGAUGCAUGCUAAGCAUAUUGAGGGGUUGAGGAGAAGGUGUGAGGAAUCGAGCACACACUCAGAACCGAACGUGAUACAUGAAGUUGAUUUGGAGACACAGUGUAAUGAUAUGGAUGGUGAGCUCAAUAAGUACAAAACGACGUGUGAUAAUUUGAAUGGACAGAUUGAGGAGCUCAAGAGAAGGUGUAAGGAUUUGGAGUCACAAGUCAAAUGGAGUCGGAAGAGUCAAGUUGGCUUGGAGAAACAGUUGAAUAUUUAUAAAGGUAAGCAUGAUGAGAUGUAUGCUAGGUUUAAGGAGAGGACCGGAUUGGUGGUUUCUCUUGAUAAUGAUCUCAUGGAGCACAAGAGAAUGUGUGCUGAGCUGAAUCAAUGGGUUGAGAGCUUAGAAGAUGAAGUAAGAGCAACAAGAGAUGAGACGGGAAAUCGAAUUGACAGGCUCAAGAAGGUGAUUGGGCAUUUGGGGCGUGACAAAAGAAGGGCGGAGGAUGAGUGUGAAGUUUUGAAGAUCAAGUUUAGGGAGUCUGAGAGUCAAACAGCCUUGUAUCUGAAAGAAUUAGACGAUUACAAAGUCAAGUGUCAUGGUUUUUUGGUAGAGCUUCAGAAGAAGGCAGCGGAACAUAUUGAGUGUGAAAGUAAGUUGAAGGACUUAGCGUUGAUUACAACUUCUUCUGUGGAUGAACUUGAAGGCUACAAAACGGCCUUGAAUGGACUGAAAAAGCAAAUUACGUCUCUAACUGAAGAUCGAAAGGUUUUGUCCGAAAGAGAAAAGAAAGCAGAAGAAAGAGUCGCUUCCUUGCAAGAGGUAAUUAAGAAUUUGGUGGAAGAGAAAUCUAGUCAGCUCAGUGGGGAUAUCGAAUUGUAUUCCUCUCCUCCUGUAAACAGAGGUGAGCACGUCUCAGGCCCAAUGCCGAUUGAAAAGCAAUCAGAGCCUCUAGUAAUCUUGAAUGAAGACAGUGAGAAUGCAGUUUCACUAUUCAAGAUGGAAUGCACAGAUAGAUAUGAGUUGGAAGAGAGAGAGAUAGGCCUGUCUAUGCAAGAUAGCAAACAACCUGCUGGUAUCAGUGAGAAUGAGAACGAUAAGGAAAUCAGGCCAAAGCAUACUUGUGACGUCGGAUGCAAACAAAGACUGGACAUAUCAACUGGCAAUACAAUUGAGAGACUUUCAAACUCAACAAAGUGUCUGACAUCAUUAGAAACGCCGUUGUUUGGUCAGAAAGGCGAGGAAUAUGCCAUCAAAUGCGAACCAGUUGAUCUCCCAGUAACUUCAGCACCUAAAAGAAAGAGGCUCCUGGAAACAGUAACUGACAUUAUUGAUGAGGAUGACAAAAGUCUAGUUAGUAAACGAAGGGUGAAGAAACCCGAAGAGCUCACAGGAAAUCCUACAUCUGAAAUCUCUACCAUGAAUCUAUGUGCUGGGGAUGUUUCUGUCUCUUCAAAGGAUCAAAAUGCCCAAGAAUACACAACCAAUUUACAAGAAAGACUUGUCUCAGAAAACAAAUCUCAGGCUGAUCGAACAUCAAAAGAUGAAAAAUCUCCACAUAACUUGGAAAUGGAUGAGUCAUCACAAGUGAAGGUAUGUAGCUUAACUACUGAGAGUGAGAAAGUGGAAGAAGAAACUGAUUCUGAUAGCGGAGAUUGUAAAAGUGAAGCUGCAAUGGGUAAUGAGUUGGAUAGCAAUGAUGAAAAGGAUUCGACAUAAAAAAAACUAAUGCUCUAGGGGAAGAAGAUUAGAUUAGCACCUAAACUUAUUUAUGUGAGAAGACUUGGUAAGUUUUUAGUAGAAUGUAUAUUCUAACCGGUAAAACUCUUGUCGAAGAAUAGAUUUGGUACCUAAGGUUGUUAUGAGGAUCUUGUUUUUAUGCAAACUUGUGUUUGGUGACUUUGGUCUA